AUGGCUUCCAUUAAUCCGGAAGAGGAAGGAAACAAGAAGGAAAUAGUGGAACCAAUUGUUCUUCACCACUCUCCGCAGAAAAAGUUGGAAGAUAUCUCGGAGAAUAUUAACUUACAAGAGAAAUUGUCACAAGUCGAAAAGAAGGUUUCUGGUCAUGAACAUAGAAAAAUUAUUAGAAAUCUGAGAGAAAAUUUCAAUGCCAUAAAAAGGAUUUUUGAGGAUCGUGGAGAAAGCUUGGAAAGAACUAGGAUUUACCAAGUUUGGCCUGGAAAAAAUGUAUUUUUCUUUCAUGGGCGACUUGUAUGUGGUCCAGAUCCCAGGGGGUUGCUCUUGACAACAGUUUCUAUAAUUCUCUCUAGUUGGAUAUUUUCUGUGUAUAUAGGACAAGAUCUACCAAAUCGUUCCGGCCUCAUUGUCACAAUCUCAGAGAUUCUGACAUUACUUGUUAGUACCGUUCUUGGAAACCUUGUUCUGGUAAGUGCAAUUGAUCCCGGCAUUAUUCCCAGAAACGAGCAAGAUCUUACGGAAGAUGCUAGUACAAGUAAUAACUCUGGAACAUCCAGAAAGAAAAGAAUUACUAUUAACGGGGUGGAAUUGAAACUAAAAUAUUGUCGCAUUUGUAAAAUUUGUCGGCCACCUAGGAGUUGCCACUGUGUGGUAUGCGACAAUUGUGUGGAGAAAUUUGAUCACCAUUGCCCUUGGAUUGGUCAGUGCAUUGCGCUGCGAAACUACAGAUUUUACUUGACAUUUGUGGUGUCCGCUUUAGCUUUUUUCAUCUAUUUGUUCUCCUUCUCUUGCUUGAGAAUCCACCAAAGAAUGACGAAUAGUGGAACUAACUUACUUGGAUUGCUUAAGAACUGCCCUGAAACGCUUGCUUUGGCCUUGUUUAGCUUGGCUGCUGCCUUGUUCUUGGGUGGGCUUGUCUUAUUUCAUGUGCAUCUCAUCGUAACGAAUCAGACGGCCUAUGAGAAUUUUAGGCAACGAUUUGCGGGUUCCAAGAGUCCUUAUGACAUGGGAAUUAUUGGCAAUGUUAAGGAGUUUCUGUUCAAGCCAAUGCCACCUUCUAGAGUUGAUUUCCGAGCACAAGUAACACCAAGAUUCCACCAUCCAACGGCUGCAAAUACUCAUGAAGUUUGA